AUGACAGGGUUAACAGUGAAAACCCCACCUCACAUGCAAUCAUUUGGAAUUUUCCUCCGUGAACCACCGCAAAAUGAGGUCACCAACGGCGAAGAUCACCGGAACCCAUCACCGGCGACGAAGAAAACAAUAAAAAAGACACUGAUCAUGGAUGAAUCAUCCCUAGAAAACCCUGAUUUGGGUCCAUUUCUUCUAAAGAUGGCACGAGAUACCAUAGCUGCUGGUGAGAAUCCAGGUAAGGCUUUGGAUUAUGCAAUUCGGGCAUCAAAAUCCUUUGAACGGGUUUCGGGUCCGGGUUUGGAUCUUGCCACGUGUCUGCAUGUUGUUGCUGCGAUUUAUUGUAGUUUGGGGAAGUUGGAUGAGGCUAUUGAGGAAUUGGAACGGUCAAUUUUGUUGUUGGAUGUUGAAAAUGGGUCGGGUCAUGGUAUGGUGAAAUUUUCUGGGUAUAUGCAACUUGGUGAUACUUAUUCUAUGACUGGAAGGUUGGAUAGAUCCAUUUUGUGUUAUGAAUCGGGUUUGAAGAUCCAAAUGGGUAUUUUGGGUAAGUCUGACCCGAGAGUUGCAGAAACUUGCAGAUACUUAGCUGAAGCUCAUGUUCAAGCCAUGCAAUUCGACGACGCAGAGCACUUCUGCAAGAAGACACUUGAAAUUCAUAAGGAGCAUUGCUCACCCGCUUCCCUCACCGAAGCAGCUGACAGGCGUCUCAUGGCCCUUAUCUGUGAAGCAAAGGGAGAUUACGAACCAGCACUCGAGCAUCUUGUCCUAGCCAGCAUGUCAAUGAUUGCUAACAGACAAGAUAACGAGGUUGCAGCUAUUGAUGUUAGUAUCGGUGAUAUUUACUCGUCGCUGUGUCGUUUUGACGAAGCCGUUUUCUCCUAUCAGAAAGCACUUACAGUGUUCAAAUCCACCAAGGGUGAAAACCACAGUUCUGUUGCUUUAGUGUUCAUUCGUCUCGCGGAUCUUUACUUCAAGACAGGAAAAUUAAGAGAGUCAAUGUCUUAUUGUGAAAACGCAUUGAGAAUAUAUAGCAAGCCCUUACCUGGAAUAACCGCCGGAGAGAUUGCGAGUGGCUUGACCGAAAUCUCGGCAAUCUACGAAGCUCUGAACGAGCCCGAGGACGCGUUGAAGCUCUUGCAGAAGGCGGUGAAACUGUUGGAGGGUAUCCCUGGACAAUAUAGGACAGUGGCAGGAAUAGAAGCUCAAAUGGGAGUGCUGUUCUACAUGGUCGGACGGCAUGUGGAUGCUUGGAAAUCUUUUGAUAAUGCUGUCGUCAAGCUGAGAGCCGGCGGGGAGAGGAAAUCAGCAUUUUUCGGAUUUGUGUUGAAUCAGAUGGGCUUGGUUUGUGUUCAGCUCUAUAAAAUAGAAGAGGCUGCUGCACAUUUUGAAGAAGCUAGAGAGAUAUUGGAGAGGGAAUGUGGAAACUAUCAUUUGGACACUCUUGGAGUGUAUAGCAACCUUGCCGCAACUUAUGAUGCAUUAGGAAGAGUUGAAGAUGCGAUUCGGAUAUUGGAAUACAUACUGAAAAUGCGAGAAGAAAAACUUGGAACUGCAAAUCCAGAUGUUGAUGAAGAAAAGAAAAGAUUGUUUGAGCUUUUGAAAGAAGCGGGAAGAGUUCGAUGUAGAAAGGGAAAAUCUCUUGAAAAGCUUAUUGAUUCAAACUCGUUGAAGAUGAAGAAGGAAGGAAGAAGGAGAUGGGGUGCAUUUAGUUUUAGAACUUAG